AUGCGCAGGUCUCCCGCGCGCGAAUACUUGGUUCCACAUGUGGCCGCACGGGAUUUGCGUUCAACAUCGAUUCGAGAAGAUGACUCCUACAACACUACCUCCACCGGCAAUUUGGCCUCGGACCACGGGCCCUUGCCGCCGCCUCAAGAGGCGACGGCACGGCCGUCUCCAAGUGAAAUGAGGGGGAUUUAUGCAAAAACGACAACACACAGACGGCGGAAGAGACCAUGUUGUACAUGCCCUAAGAAGCAUUGGCGCGCAUGAAUUGCUCGAGCGCUAGACUGGUCUCAAUGCAGUUUGCAGCGCCAAGCAGUCUGGCCGGUUUGGUAGCCGUGGCCCGUGGUCCCUCACCCUCACUCCAUCUCCACAUGGGCGACUGGGAGAGUUCUCUCGAGCUCGCGGCCCGACAAGGCUUCGUGCUUGCCGAUUCCGUCCAUCUCGUAAGCGCUUGCCGCCUUCUCAUCCUCGCAAUCGAAACCAGUUUUCCUUCAUUCCUUGGUGGUGGCAGCGUGAUCCAAUCCAAGAAGCGUAGCUGGUUGGAUGCAUCUCUGCAUCGACGUCUCGUCUCGAUCGCUCCAGCAGAUACCAGAACACCGAUCGACGAUCGAUAAAGCUCUCUCAGUACAGUUCCGAGCCAGCUAGCUGAACAGCAAGGCGAUCGGAUCCAACUCUGGCUCGAUUGUUCGUCAGCACAGGAAGUCUGUGCUCUGCCGGAUACUUCUGUCUUUGCGUGCAUUUGCAUGCUGCAACCUUGUAAUUGGAAUCCUUCUAGACGCAGCAACAGAUCGAUAGCAUUCAUUAGUUGAUACUACUCCGUCGGAAUAAAAGGACAGAUCUUUAUGGGUUCUUUAUUUGGAAGCUUGGCGUAAAAUUUGACCAAAUAUUUGAGGCUGUGGGGUAGAGUAUGUUCUUCAUCCCUUGCCUUAAACAGAGAGAUCUCAGCCUAAUCCAGCUGCCUAUGUAACGCCAAGGCGAAGACGACGACCUAUCGAUUUAUCAGGUCAGCUACCCACACACACUAUAUUCAAGCACGCAAGCACCAAGCACGCAGGUAGCAGCAAUCCGUGCCAGAAUGAGGACCUCGCUUCUCGCCGUCGCCAUCGCCCUCGCCGCCUGCGAGCUCGGCUGCUGCGGCGUCGCGGCCGCCGACGCCGUCGCCGACUCGUGCAACGCGAUCCGCGACUUCGUGGACGUGUCCUUCUGCGAGGCGCGGCUGGGGUCCGUCCCGGGUGCCGCCGCCGCGGACCGGCACGGCCACCUCCUCAUGGCCGCGGACCUGGCCGCGGCGAGCGGCGCCUCGGCCGGGGACGCCGCGGCGGCGGCGGCGCGCGGCGCGGGCGACCCGGCCGCGCGGGACGCCCUGCGGGCGUGCGCGUUCCUGUACGGCGCGGCGUCGGUGCCGGCGCUGCGGCUCCUGCUCGGGUACGCGGCGGCGCGGGCCUGGGGCGCCGCGCGCGCUCUGCUGCUGCUCACGGGGAAGGCCGGGAUCGGGUGCGACGCCGCGCUCGCGGGCCCCGCGGGCGGGAUGGCCUCGGCCAACCGCGAGUUCGACCAGCUCUCCGCCAUGGCCACCGCGCUCCUCAACGUCGUCGACUAGGUCGCCGGCCGGCGGCGCCCUACCGUUGCAUGCAUGCACGCGCACGUACCCUGCUCAAGUGGCAUUGUUCCUUGCGACAUGGCCACAUGUGUUGGAUCUUCAGUAAUUGAUCAAUAAUGUGACCGAUUAUUAGUUUAA